AGUGACGUCAUGUGUUUACGUGAAAGCUAGCAGCAGCAAACAGUCAAUACGGUAACCGUGGACCACAAACGUGUACCCUAGUGCCACCCGUGUCCGGGUGCCAUGUUCCUCGGUUACACAUGAGCUCUACUAUGUGGUACAUCAUGCAAAGCAUUCAAAGUAAAUACUCCUUGUCCGAGCGUCUCAUUCGCACAAUCGCAGCCAUCCGCUCAUUUCCACACGACAAUGUGGAGGAUCUCAUUCGUAAGGGCGCUGAUGUGAACCGGAUGCAUGGCACACUGAAGCCUCUACACUGUGCCUGUAUGGUCGCUGAUGCUGACUGUGUGGAGCUACUGUUGGAGAAGGGGGCAGAGGUAAAUGCUUUGGAUGGAUACAACCGCACAGCACUGCACUAUGCAGCAGAGAAGGAUGAGAGCUGCGUGGAGCUGCUGUUGGAGUACGGGGCCCAGCCAAACGCUCUUGAUGGCAACAAGGACACCCCGCUGCACUGGGCGGCCUUUAAAGACAACCCAGAGUGUGUGAGAGCCCUGCUGGAGAGUGGGGCCUGUCCCAAUGCACGGGACUACAACAAUGACACGCCUUUGAGUUGGGCAGCAAUGAAAGGCAACCUGGAGAGUGUCAAAGUGCUGUUAGACUAUGGGGCCCAAGUCCAUGUGACCAACCUGAAGGGCCAGACACCUAUAUCUCGACUGGUAGCCUUGUUAGCCCGGGGCCUGGGCACUGAGCAGGAGGAGGAGUGCCUAGAGUUGCUGUGCCGGGCGGCAGGGCAGUUUGAGAUCCGGCGUGCUGACGGCACGCUCCCCAGGGAGCUGAGUAAGGAUCCCCAGCUGCUGGCUAGGCUCACAAACAUGGUGGCUCAAGCUCCAACACUUCGCUCAUUAGCGCGUUGUGCUGUCCGAAAGAGUCUUGGAGUUCAGUACCUUCCCACUGCUGUAAAAGAGCUUCCUUUACCAGAGACGAUCAAAGAAUAUCUAUUGCUUAGAGACUGAAUCCAUGUUAUUAUUAAAUUGCUCUUCACACAGCCUUUUUUGGCAAGGAAGUGUUUGCUUUGAGUUCUAGUUAAUCCUCCUGACGGUGGCCCUUAUUAAUCAAAUCUUCUUGCAUUUGAAUAUAAAGUUGUGCUCUUGGAGAGGUGUACGGACCUCUCCAGGUCUAUUAUUUAGUGCUUCAAAUAAGUGGAGCCGGUUGAUAAGUCUGAUCAGUUUCAGUUUAAGGAAGGAGACUGGACAAGCCAGUGUUGAAUAGAUUGAUUCACAAAGGCGUCAUAAUAAUUUCUGCGAUCUCUGGUAACAAAUUUUUUGAAUUUUUUGAUGCAACAAUGGUUCUUAACCCACUCUGUAUGGAGUACUGACAAACUCUAUAGAGUAACCAUUGUAGGGCUUCAUAUAAGGAAUGAACUUACAUGAAGUUUGAUGUGUCCAGUCCUCUUAAUUGUUCACAAAGAGUCCAUCUUUGUCAUUUUAUUUCAGCUCAUUAUUAAUUUAAUGCUCUGCUAAAUUCACAGAACAUUUUAAUUUAGAUUAAUUUAAAAUAAUGCCAUUGUGAUAUUUCAUGUGGCAUAAAAAAAUCUUGAUUAUUGAGUUUGUUGAAGAAAAAAAUCAGUUUUGGUUAUUGUAAAGUUAAACCUAAAUAUAAGUUAGGUUUAUUAAUAAUGUCUGAAUAUCUGAAGGUUAGUUGGUCUGAUUGUGCCAUCUCUCUCUUAUGAUAAUGUUCUGGUAAACUUACAAUGGCUGUAAAGUUCUAUAUAUAUAUAGAGGGGGAAACAGAAGACAUGUAUAAAAACGUACUUUGACCAGAGCAGAAAAUAUCCUUCUUGAUGGAAACAUUUUGAUUUCUUAUGCAGCAUCACAAAAGUUACACAAUAUUAUCACUGGUUUCACAGAGAGGUUCACGAAAAGUGGCUGCCAAAUCCUCCAUCCAGUUCACUAAAAAUGUUUUAUGCGUUUAAAAGUAACUUUUUUUUUCAUUUAAAUGUUAGAAUCUUAGAACCAUGGAAUGGCAUGAUGACUAGGUGUUUGUUCUAAAGAGUGUGAAAUGUAUUUACGUUUUUUUUUUAUCUGCCUAAAACCUGACUGUUCUGUUCUUGAGUUUGUUUGCUUGUUCUGCUGCUGUGUUAAAAAAAACAAAAGACCCACUAGAUCAUGUCUUGUGUACACCUGCAGAAGUGCUUUUUUUUCUCUUUGUCAAUGUAAAAAAAAAAGUAAAUGCCUUUUUACUUAA